CAAGUGGCCUUUUGUACUCCACCGUCCACCGAUCUUCUAACACCACACAACACAAAACUCCCUAAAUACACUCCCCUUCGUUGUUGUUUGAUUUGGCUGUCAACAUCUCUGACUAGAGUCCACUCUUUCUGCAAUUCAGUCUUUGAACUUUUUCGAUCUGCAAUUCAAAAAGUUAUGCCAAAUUGAAUUGUCGGUGGGUUUCUCUGAUAGCAUUAUUAAUGGCACAUUUCUGGCAUUAACAAAUGAAGAAUAUAAUCUUCGUGUAGAAUUGUAUCGAAGUUUUACCAAUUCAAUAACGUACUCCGUUGGAUCUGAUGGAACUUUAAUAGCUCAAGAUGAAGGCACUUAUCCUUGUUGGAGGGUUCGGUACUCGGCUCAGGCCACUCACCCUCAGCGUCCCAAAGCCACUAGUUGAAUUUGCCAACAAACCGAUGAUUUUGCAUCAGAUCGAGGCUCUCAAGGCCGUCGGAGUAACCGAAGUUGUACUGGCUAUUAAUUACCAACCUGAGGUGAUGCUGAACUUCUUGAAAGAAUUUGAGGCAAGCCUUGGAAUCAAGAUCACCUGUUCUCAAGAAACUGAACCACUUGGCACUGCUGGUCCCCUUGCUUUGGCUAGAGACAAGCUGAUUGAUGAUUCUGGUGAACCAUUUUUUGUUCUUAAUAGUGAUGUUAUCAGUGAAUAUCCUUUUAAGGAGAUGAUUGAAUUCCAUAAAUCCCAUGGAGGUGAGGCUUCUUUGAUGGUGACCAAGGUGGAUGAGCCUUCUAAAUAUGGUGUUGUCGUCAUGGAAGAAUCCACAGGGCAAGUAGAGAGAUUUGUGGAGAAGCCAAAGUUAUUUGUUGGCAACAAGAUCAAUGCUGGAUUUUACCUGCUGAACCCUUCUGUUCUAGACAGAAUUCAAUUACGGCCAACAUCAAUUGAGAAAGAGGUUUUUCCGAAAAUUGCAGCAGAGAAGAAACUGUAUGCCAUGGUGCUACCUGGAUUUUGGAUGGACGUUGGCCAGCCAAAAGAUUACAUUACUGGCCUCAGGCUCUAUUUGGAUUCUUUAAAGAAGAACUCUUCACCUAAAUUGGCUUCAGGAUCACACAUUGUCGGAAAUGUCAUUGUCGAUGAGUCUGCCAAAAUUGGAGAGGGUUGUUUGAUAGGACCAGAUGUUGCAAUUGGUUCUGGAUGUGUGAUUGAGUCUGGAGUUAGACUCUCCCGUUGCACUGUGAUGAGAGGAGUCCGCAUCAAAAAACAUGCAUGCAUUUCAGGUAGCAUCAUUGGCUGGCAUUCUACUGUUGGACAAUGGGCUCGUGUCGAGAACAUGACCAUUCUUGGAGAAGAUGUCCAUGUUUGUGAUGAAGUUUACAGCAAUGGAGGUGUGGUUUUGCCCCACAAGGAGAUCAAAUCUAGCAUAUUGAAACCUGAAAUAGUGAUGUGAGGAUAUCAUGUUUGUUAGCACUAGGAUAAAGUUAUGUAUUCGGUGUCUUUAUGAUGUCUUUUUCAUCACCUGUUCCUUUUUUGGUUGGUUUCCAGUUUUCCUCUUCUUCAAGUGUCAAUGAAAAUUUGUGUGAUAACUUUUCUGCUAAAUUGUAGUUAUGUUAUGAAGGGUAUGAGAUAUUGUAGAGACUAGAGACUGGAAAUGUGUAAUUUUUCCUAUGUAUAGAUAAAUAAAAUUUCUCCUUAUGGUUUUCCUUA